UCUUUUCCUCGCAACAUCGCUGGCGGAGCGAGGGAGCUCACACGACACAGAUUUUGGGGCAAAGCCUUUCCAUCUGGACAGCACCAUGUCCACCAAAGCGGAGCAGUUUGCGUCCAAGAUCCGGUACUUGCAGGAAUAUCAUAACCGGGUUCUCCACAACAUUUAUCCCGUGCCAUCAGGGACAGACAUUGCAAACACCCUGAAGUACUUUUCUCAGACCUUGUUAAGCAUUUUGUCCCGCACAGGGAAGAAGGAAAACCAAGAUGCCUCCAAUUUGACAGUGCCCAUGACCAUGUGUCUUUUUCCCGUGCCAUUCCCACUCACCCCAUCUCUAAGACCGCAGGUCAGUUCCAUCAACCCUACUGUUACUCGCUCCCUCCUUUACAGCGUCCUGCGAGAUGCUCCUUCAGAACGCGGCCCGCAAAGUCGUGAUGCUCAGUUGUCAGACUACCCUUCUUUGGACUACCAAGGCCUCUACGUGACUUUGGUGACUCUCCUGGAUCUAGUUCCUUUACUACAGCAUGGCCAACACGAUCUUGGACAGUCAAUAUUUUAUACGACCACGUGUUUGCUCCCCUUUCUCAAUGAUGAUGUUCUGAGCACUUUGCCCUACACGAUGAUCUCAACGCUAGCCACCUUUCCUCCAUUUCUUCACAAGGAUAUUAUUGAAUAUCUUAGCACAUCUUUUCUACCAAUGGCUAUAUUGGGUUCCUCCAGGAGAGAAGGUGUUCCAGCCCAUGUCAACCUCUCUGCAUCCUCUAUGCUAAUGAUUGCAAUGCAGUACACCUCUAACCCAGUGUAUCAUUGUCAAUUAUUGGAAUGCCUCAUGAAGUAUAAGCACGAAGUCUGGAAAGAUCUUUUGUAUGUGAUUGCCUAUGGGCCUUCCCAGGUGAAGCCUCCGGCAGUUCAGAUGCUUUUCCACUAUUGGCCCAACCUGAAACCUCCCGGAGCAAUAAGCGAGUACAGGGGCUUACAAUACACAGCUUGGAAUCCCAUCCACUGCCAGCACAUUGAAUGUCACAACGCAAUCAAUAAGCCGGCUGUGAAGAUGUGUAUAGACCCAUCCUUGUCAGUAGCUUUGGGUGAUAAGCCACCUCCACUGUACCUCUGUGAAGAAUGCAGCGAGAGGAUUUCAGGGGACCACAGCGAGUGGUUGAUUGAUGUUCUCCUGCCACAAGCUGAAAUAUCUGCUAUAUGUCAGAAAAAGAACUGCAGCUCCCAUGUCAGAAGGGCAGUGGUCACCUGCUUUUCCGCAGGGUGCUGCGGUCGCCACGGAAACAGGCCUGUUCGGUACUGCAAAAGGUGCCACUCGAACCACCACAGUAAUGAGGUGGGGGCCACCGCAGAGACUCACCUUUACCAGACCUCUCCACCCCCCAUCAACACCCGGGAGUGUGGGGCAGAGGAGCUGGUCUGUGCUGUGGAGGCGGUGAUCAGCUUGUUGAAGGAAGCGGAAUUCCACGCAGAACAGAGGGAGCACGAGUUGAACCGGCGGAGGCAGCUGGGCCUCUCUUCCUCUCACCACUCCCUGGACAACACUGACUUUGAUAACAAAGACGAUGACAAGCACGAUCAGAGGCUGCUCAGCCAGUUCGGAAUAUGGUUCUUAGUGAGCCUCUGCACACCCAGCGAGAACACGCCCACGGAGAGCCUGGCCCGGCUGGUGGCUAUGGUAUUUCAGUGGUUCCACUCCACGGCGUACAUGAUGGAUGAUGAAGUUGGAAGCUUGGUGGAAAAGCUGAAGCCCCAGUUUGUCACCAAGUGGUUGAAGACAGUAUGUGAUGUCCGGUUUGAUGUCAUGGUCAUGUGCCUUCUUCCCAAACCCAUGGAAUUUGCCAGGGUUGGUGGAUACUGGGACAAGUCCUGUAGCACAGUGACUCAGUUGAAGGAAGGUCUCAACAGGAUCCUCUGCCUGAUCCCUUACAAUGUCAUCAGCCAGUCUGUGUGGGAGUGCAUUAUGCCCGAAUGGCUGGAAGCCAUCCGGACAGAAGUCCCUGACAACCAGCUAAAAGAAUUCAGGGAAGUAUUAAGCAAAAUGUUUGACAUAGAGCUGUGUCCUCUGCCGUUUUCAAUGGAAGAGAUGUUCGGCUUUAUUAGUUGUCGGUUUACAGGAUAUCCCUCCACUGUGCAGGAGCAAGCGCUACUCUGGCUUCACGUAUUAUCGGAGUUAGAUAUCACGGUUCCACUUCAACUCCUGAUAAGUAUGUUUUCUGAUGGUGUUAAUUCUGUCAAAGAAUUGGCAAAUCAAAGAAAAUCAAGAGCCAAUGAACUGGCAGGGAACCUCGCAUCUCGAAGGGUGAGUGUCGCCUCUGAUCCAGGUCGACGAGGUCAGCACAAUACGCUGAGUCCGUUUCAUAGCCCUUUCCAGAGUCCGUUCCGGAGUCCCAUGCGUAGUCCGUUCCGUAGCCCCUUCAAGAACUUUGGACACCCAGGAGGAAGGACUAUUGAUUUUGAUUGUGAAGAUGAUGACAUGAAUCUAAAUUGUUUCAUCCUCAUGUUUGACCUUCUCCUAAAGCAGAUGGAGUUACAAGAUGAUGGCAUCACGAUGGGUUUAGAGCACAGUUUGUCCAAGGACAUUAUUUCUAUCAUAAACAAUGUCUUCCAGGCCCCCUGGGGGGGCUCCCACAGCUGCCAGAAGGACAAAAAGGCGACGGAGUGUAACCUGUGUCAGUCUAGCAUCCUCUGCUACCAGCUCGCCUGUGAACUCCUGGAGAGACUAGCUCCCAAAGAAGAAAGCAGGCUGGUGGAGCCCACAGACAGCCUUGAAGAUAGCCUCCUUUCUUCCAGACCAGAGUUCGUUCUAGGCCCUGAAGGAGAGGAGGAGAACCCAGCAGCCAAACAUGGAGAGAACCCAGGCAACCGUACAGUGCCCUCAGAACAUGCUGCAAUCAAGAAUGACACGGAAAGAAAAUUUUGCUACCAACAGCUUCCAGUUACGUUGAGACUAAUAUACACCAUUUUCCAGGAAAUGGCGAAGUUUGAAGAGCCAGACAUUCUUUUUAAUAUGCUCAAUUGCCUAAAGAUUCUCUGUCUGCACGGAGAGUGUCUGUACACUGCGAGGAAAGACCACCCUCAGUUUUUAGCCUACAUUCAGGACCACAUGUUGAUUGCAAGCCUCUGGAGAGUUGUCAAGUCUGAGUUCUCUCAGCUGUCUUCACUGGCAGUUCCUCUCCUUCUUCACGCUCUGUCCCUUCCUCAUGGUGCUGACAUAUUCUGGACAAUCAUAAAUGGCAACUUCAACAGCAAAGACUGGAAGAUGAGGUUUGAAGCAGUGGAAAAAGUAGCUGUCAUUUGUAGGUUUUUGGAUAUUCACUCAGUGACCAAAAACCACCUGCUGAAGUACUCUCUGGCACAUGCCUUCUGCUGCUUUCUGACAGCUGUGGAGGAUGUCAAUCCUGCAGUGGCCACCAGAGCAGGUCUCCUCCUUGACACCAUAAAGAGGCCAGCACUGCAGGGUCUUUGUCUUUGCCUUGACUUCCAGUUCGACACUGUGGUUAAAGACCGACCCACCAUCCUGAGCAAGCUUUUACUCUUGCAUUUUCUUAAGCAAGAUAUUCCUGCUUUGAGCUGGGAGUUCUUUGUCAACAGAUUUGAGACACUUUCUUUGGAAGCUCAGCUGCAUCUAGAUUGUAACAAAGAAUUUCCUUUUCCUACAACCAUCACUGCUGUGAGAACCAAUGUUGCCAACCUCAGUGAUGCUGCCUUGUGGAAGAUCAAGAGAGCACGUUUUGCAAGAAACCGACAGAAGAGUGUGAGAUCCCUGAGAGACAGUGUGAAAGGGCCUGCCGAAUCCAAGAGGGCACUCUCCCUCCCUGAGACCCUGACCUCCAAAAUCCGACAACAGUCUCCUGAAAACGACAACACCAUCAAGGACUUGCUCCCAGAAGAUGCUGGCAUUGAUCACCAGACAGUUCACCAGCUGAUCACAGUGCUCAUGAAGUUCAUGGCCAGGGAUGAGAGCAGUGCGGAGUCAGACAUCAGCAGCGCAAAGGCCUUCAAUACAGUCAAGAGGCACCUCUACGUUUUACUUGGCUAUGACCAACAGGAAGGGUGCUUCAUGAUUGCACCCCAAAAAAUGCGCCUGUCAACAUGCUUUAAUGCGUUUAUUGCAGGCAUUGCCCAAGUUAUGGACUAUAACAUUAACUUGGGCAAACACCUUCUCCCCCUCGUGGUUCAGGUGCUCAAAUACUGCUCUUGUCCUCAACUCCGGCAUUAUUUCCAACAGCCACCUCGCUGCUCCCUCUGGUCCCUAAAGCCUCACAUCAGGCAGAUGUGGUUGAAGGCCUUGCUCGUCAUCCUUUACAAGUAUCCGUACAGAGACUGUGAUGUCAGCAAGACCCUGCUGCACCUGAUUCACAUAACAGUCAAUACACUCAAUGCGCAGUACCAUAGCUGCAAGCCCCACGCCACGGCAGGACCUCUGUACACUGACAACAGCAACAUAAGCAGAUACAGCGAGAAGGAGAAAGAAGAAGAUAGUGUUUUUGAUGAAUCUGAUAUUCAUGAUACACCUACUGGACCCUGCAAUAAAGAGUCUCAAACUUUUUUUGCAAGAUUGAAAAGGAUAGGCGGCAGCAGGAUGGUGAAAGGCCAGCCAGUUGGGAUGAAUGUGCAGAGAAGUGAAAUAGAGCUGGCCGAAUAUAGAGAAACGGGUGCGCUACCAGACAGCGUUCUACACUGUGUGAGAGAAGAAAGCAUUCAGAAAAAAAAGCUACGCUCUUUAAAACAAAAAUCUCUUGAUAUAGGGAAUGCAGACUCCCUCUUGUUUACGUUAGAUGAGCAUCGUAGGAAGUCCUGCAUAGAUCGGUGUGACAUAGAUAAGCCUCCUGCCCAAGCUGCUUAUAUUACACAACGGCAAAAUGACCACCACGGACGUUCUAGACAGAAUUCUGCUACGAGGCCGGACAAUACCGAAAUCCCCAAGAAUCCAGGCACUGAAGGUUUUCAAGAAACACGAAGGCCGGUGAUACCAGAGGUUAGGUUGAACUGCAUGGAGACGUUUGAAGUGAGAGUUGAUUCCCCAGGAAAGCCUGCUCCCAGGGAGGAUUUAGAUCUGAUAGAUUUGUCCUCAGACUCAACAUCUGGGCCAGAGAAACACUCUCUACUGUCCACAUCUGACAGUGACUCUCUGGUGUUUGAGCCUCUCCCGCCUCUCAGAAUAGUCGAAAGUGAUGAAGAAGAAGAGAUGAUGAACCAAGGGAAUGGUGGUCCCUUGGGUAACAAUGCUGCCUCCUCCCCGUCCAUCCCCAGCCAGCCCUCUGUCCUCAGCCUGAGCACAACUCCUCUUGUGCAGGUGAGUGUAGAGGACUGUUCCAAAGACUUUUCUUCCAAGGACUCAGGAAACCACCAGUCAGUGAGCAAUGACGAUUCUACUGUCACAGCUCUGGAUGACCUCACAGACUCUGAAGAGCUGUCAAAAUCAGAGGAGCUGAGAGAGUUUGCCUCUGGCAGUCCCCUAACGCUCAAGCAAAAACGAGACCUCCUUCAGAAGUCAUCCGCUGUCCCUGAGAUGUCAGUGGACUAUAACCCCGAACCUGGCCCAGCUGAAGAAAAGCCAGGGCAGACGCCAACAUCAGGGCCCAAAACUGUGCUCCUCAAAGUUCCUGAAGAUGGUGAGAAUCUAAUAGAAAGUGAGAAGCCCAACACCAGUGCUGAGUCCGACACAGAACAGAACCCUGAAAGGAAGGUGGAGGAGGAUGGAGCCGAGGAAUCAGAAUUUAAGAUUCAGAUUGUCCCCAGGCAGAGGAAACAAAGGAAGAUUGCCGUCAGUGCUAUCCAGAGAGAGUACCUUGACAUCUCCUUCAACAUCCUAGACAAACUGGGUGAACAGAAGGAUCCAGAUCCCUCUGCUAAAGGACUUUCAACAUUGGAAAUGCCACGGGAAUCUUCCUCUGCCCCUACAUUAGAAGCAGGUGCCCCUGAGACAAGCAGUCACUCAUCAAUAUCAACUCAGUAUAGGCAGAUGAAAAGGGGAUCCGUGGGAGCUCUGACAAUGAGCCAGUUAAUGAAGCGACAGCUGGAGCAUCAGUCUAGCGCCCCCCAUAACAUCAGCAGCUGGGACACUGAACAGAUACAGCCUGGGAAACGGCAGUGUAACGUGCCAAUGUGCCUAAAUCCUGACUUGGAGGGACAGCCAUUGAGGACAAGAGGCGCCACUAAAUCCAGCCUGCUGUCAGCACCCAGCAUAGCCAGCAUGUUUGUGCCUGCACCUGAAGAAUUCACAGAGGAGCAGCCAACGGUGAUGGCUGACAAAUGCCACGACUGUGGGGCCAUUCUGGAGGAAUACGAUGAGGAGACCCUCGGGCUAGCCAUCGUGGUCCUCUCCACAUUCAUUCACCUAAGCCCAGACUUGGCGGCACCGCUGUUGCUUGAUAUCAUGCAGUCUGUGGGAAGGCUCGCAUCCAGCACGACCUUUUCUAAUCAAGCAGAAAGCAUGAUGGUUCCAGGCAAUGCAGCAGGUGUGGCCAAGCAGUUCCUGCGCUGUAUCUUCCAUCAGCUGGCCCCCAACGGCAUCUUCCCUCAGCUCUUCCAGAGUGCUAUCAAAGAUGGGACUUUUUUACGGACCUUAGCCACAUCUCUCAUGGACUUCAAUGAGCUGAGCUCAAUUGCUGCCCUCAGUCAGCUCUUGGAGGGUCUAAAUAACAAAAAGAAUUUACCAGCAGGGGGUGCUAUGAUACGCUGUUUGGAAAACAUUGCCACAUUCAUGGAAGCUCUGCCCAUGGAUUCUCCUAGUAGCCUCUGGACCACGAUCAGCAACCAGUUUCAGACAUUUUUUGCCAAGCUGCCUUGUGCUUUACCUCUGAAGUGUUCUUUAGAUUCCAGUUUGAGAAUUAUGAUUUGCCUCUUGAAGAUACCUUCCACCAAUGCCACGAGGAGUUUGUUGGAGCCAUUUUCCAAGCUACUGAGCUUUGUCAUUCAGAAUGCAGUCUUCACGUUGGCCUACCUGGUGGAAUUGUGUGGCUUGUGCUACCGAGCGUUCACAAAGGAGCGGGAUAAGUUCUACUUGUCUCGGAGCGUUGUUCUGGAACUCCUACAGGCCCUGAAGCUCAAGUCACCUUUGCCAGACACAAACCUCCUGCUGCUUGUCCAGUUCAUCUGUGCAGAUGCUGGAACCAAGCUGGCUGAGUCUACCAUCCUGAGCAAGCAGAUGAUGGCCUCUGUGCCUGGGUGUGGGACGGCAGCAAUGGAAUGCAUACGGCAGUACGUCAGUGAGGUGCUGGACUUCAUGGCUGACAUGCACACCCUAACCAAGCUCAAGAGCCACAUGAAGACCUGCUCCCAGCCUCUGCAUGAGGAUACCUUCGGAGGCCAUCUCAAAGUUGGCCUGGCUCAGAUUGCAGCUAUGGAAAUCUCCCGGGGCAACCACCGAGAUAACAAAGCUGUGAUCCGUUAUCUGCCUUGGCUCUACCAUCCUCCCUCUGCAAUGCAGCAAGGACCUAAAGAAUUCAUCGAGUGUGUCUCCCACAUCCGGUUGCUGUCAUGGCUGCUGCUGGGGUCCCUCACACAUAAUGCGGUCUGUCCCAACGCCUCCUCCCCCUGCCUACCCAUACCUCUGGAUGCAGGUUCCCACAUUGCAGACCACCUUAUUGUUAUCCUAAUUGGAUUUCCAGAGCAAUCAAAGACCUGUGUGCUCCACAUGUGCUCCCUCUUCCACGCGUUCAUCUUUGCCCAGCUCUGGACGGUGUACUGCGAACAAAGUGCCGUGGCGACGAACGUCCAGAAUCAGAACGAAUUCAGCUUCACAGCAAUACUAACAGCGCUGGAAUUCUGGAGCCGGGUAACACCGAGCAUCCUUCAAUUGAUGGCCCACAAUAAAGUGAUGGUAGAAAUGGUGUGUCUCCAUGUGAUUAGUUUAAUGGAGGCGUUGCAAGAAUGCAAUUCAACCAUUUUUGUCAAGCUGAUCCCUAUGUGGUUACCAAUGAUUCAGUCAAAUACCAAGCACUUAUCCGCCGGCCUCCAGCUUCGUCUCCAGGCCAUUCAGAACAACGUGAACCACCACAGCCUAAGGACGCUGCCCGGCUCGGGCCAGAGCAGUGCUGGUCUAGCAGCCCUCCGGAAAUGGCUGCAGUGCACCCAGUUCAAAAUGGCCCAGGUGGAGAUCCAGUCCUCGGAAGCAGCUUCUCAAUUUUAUCCUCUAUGAGUGGACUCCUCGGCUCCAGUGUCAACACGCUGGCUUAGCAAUAAUGGGUAUAAAAAACAAACAAUUUGAUCCAAGCAAGUUGGGGAACCUUGGUACUGUACUCUCUUUCUAGUUUAGUAUAAAGACAUGCAAAGGCCGGAGAGGGCCACAAACGAAGCUUUCUUGCUACACAUAUUUCUGAUGACUCCUUGGGCUAUCUGAUUAAGUGUUUCCUUACAUUAUUUUUUAA